CGGAUCCUCCCGCGCUGCCGCCGCCGCGCCUCACACACUCCCCCGCAUCCUCCCCCACCCCCGGUCGCCGCCGCCGCGGAGCCGCCGGAGCGCACGUGGAGCCGCCAUGGGCCGCUUGGUGCUGCAGGACGGGACGGUGCUCCGGGGCCGCCCCUUCGGGGCCGCCGGGGCCGCCGCCGGGGAAGUCGUGUUCCAGACCGGCAUGGUGGGGUACCCCGAGGCGCUCACCGACCCCUCUUACGAGGCUCAGAUCCUUGUGCUCACCUACCCCCUCGUCGGGAACUACGGGGUCCCGCGGGACGAGACCGACCCCUUCGGCCUCAGCAGGUGGUUCGAGUCCAGCAGGAUCCACGUGGCCGCGCUGGUGGUGGGCGAGUGUUCGGAGACUCCGAGCCACUGGAGCGCCUCCCGCUCCCUUGACCAGUGGCUGAAGGAGCACAACAUCCCCGGGCUGCAAGGCAUAGACACACGGGCACUGACGAAGAAGCUGCGUGAGGAGGGGUCUCUGCUGGGGAAGCUGCUGCCCGAUGGGACCCCCGAGAGCAGCGUCCCCUUCGAGGACCCCAACACAAGACACCUGGUGCAGGAAGUGUCACUCAAGAGCCCUCGUGUAUUCAACCCUGGGGGGUCACUGCGUGUCACGGCCCUCGACUGUGGCCUCAAGAGCAACCAAGUGCGGUGCCUGUGCCAGCGCGGCGCCACCGUCACUGUGGUGCCCUGGGACCACGUGCUGGAUCCCAUAGAUUUCGACGCGCUGUUUGUCAGCAAUGGCCCCGGGGACCCCCAGCUGUGCGAGGCGACCGUGUCCAGGCUUCGCCGGGUGCUGGAUGCGCCGCAGCCCAAGCCGGUGUUCGGGAUCUGCCUGGGCCACCAGCUGCUCGCCCUGGCCAUCGGCGCCCGCACCUACAAGAUGAAGUAUGGGAACCGUGGUCACAACCAGCCGUGUCUGCACGAGGAGUCACGGCGCUGCUUCAUGACGGCGCAGAACCAUGGCUUCGCGGUGGAGGCGAGCAGCCUGCCGCGCGGCUGGGCCCCGCUCUUCACUAAUGCCAACGAUGGCUCCAAUGAGGGCAUCGUCCAUGAGCACAGGCCCUUCUUCAGUGUCCAGUUCCACCCCGAACACCGUGCUGGCCCCACGGAUCUCGAGGGGCUCUUUGAUGUCUUCAUCGAGACAGCGAGGGACCUGCGAAGUGGAGACGGCAGCGGCCGCACCGUGCGAGAGCGGCUGCACGCCUGGCUGACCCACGGCGCAGCACCGGCACGGGAUCUGGAUGUGGCGCGGCCACGCAAGGUGCUGAUCCUGGGCUCGGGCGGGCUCUCCAUCGGCCAAGCCGGCGAGUUCGACUACUCAGGGUCACAGGCCAUCAAGGCACUGAAGGAAGAGCACGUCCAGACAGUGCUGAUCAACCCCAACAUUGCAACGGUGCAGACGUCAAAGGGGCUGGCGGACAGGGUCUACUUCCUGCCCAUCACCCCCCAGUACGUCACCCAGGUGAUCCGGAACGAGCGCCCCGAUGGUGUGCUGCUGACGUUUGGUGGGCAGACGGCGCUCAACUGUGGUGUGGAGCUGCAGAAGGCGGGCGUGCUGGAACGGUACAACGUGCGUGUGCUCGGCACCCCCGUCGCCUCCAUCGAGAUGACGGAGGACCGCAAGGUCUUCGUUGAGAAGAUGGAGGAGAUCGGCGAGCACGUGGCACCUAGCGAGGCUGCCGCCUCCCUGGAGCAGGCACUGGCAGCAGCAGAGCGGUUGGGGUACCCGGUGCUGGUGCGCUCAGCUUACGCGCUGGGGGGCCUGGGCUCUGGCUUCGCCAGCAACCGGGAGGAAUUGGUGGCACUGGUGAGCCAGGCGUUCGCCCACACCUCUCAGGUCCUGGUGGAUAAGUCCCUCAAGGGCUGGAAAGAGAUUGAGUACGAGGUGGUGCGGGACGCCUACGACAAUUGUGUUGCGGUGUGCAACAUGGAGAACCUGGACCCGCUGGGCAUCCACACGGGAGAGUCCAUUGUGGUGGCACCCAGCCAGACCCUCAACGACACAGAGUACUUCCUGCUGCGCCGCACAGCUGUCAAGGUGGUUCGGCACCUGGGCAUCGUCGGCGAGUGCAACAUUCAGUUCGCCCUCAACCCAGAAUCAGAGCAGUACUACAUCAUCGAGGUGAACGCCCGGCUCUCCCGCAGCUCCGCACUGGCCAGCAAAGCUACCGGCUACCCACUGGCCUACGUGGCUGCCAAGCUGGCCUUGGGCAUCCCCCUGCCCAUCCUCAGGAACUCGGUCACCAACUCCACAACGGCCAACUUUGAGCCCAGCCUGGACUACUGUGUCGUGAAGAUCCCCCGCUGGGACCUCAGCAAGUUCCUGCGCGUCAGCACCAAGAUCGGCAGCUCCAUGAAGAGCGUGGGGGAGGUCAUGGCCAUCGGCAGGAACUUCGAGGAGGCUUUCCAGAAGGCGCUGAGGAUGGUGGAUGAAAACUGCGUUGGCUUUGACCACACGGUGAAGCCUGUGUCGGAUGUGGUGAGCACUGGGGUCUGGGGUGAGGUCUGUGCUGGCAGUGCGGUCCUGGGGAGGUUCCUGGCCCCGCUCACCGCACUGGCCUGGCAGGAGCUGGAGACACCGACGGACAAGCGGAUCUUUGUGCUGGCGGCUGCGCUGCGCGCCGGCUACUCCAUAGAGCGGCUCUACGAGCUGACCAAGAUCGACCGCUGGUUCCUGCACAAGAUGAAGAAUAUCACGGACCAUGCGGCACUGCUGGAGUCAUACCGUGAGGAGCAGAGCACCAUGCCGCCUGCCGUGCUCCAGCGCGCAAAGCAGCUCGGCUUCUCUGACAAGCAGGUGGCCCAGGCCGUGCUCAGCACCGAGCUGGCCGUGCGGAAGAUGCGGCGUGACCUGCAGAUCCUGCCGGUGGUGAAGCAGAUCGACACGGUGGCAGCGGAGUGGCCGGCACAGACCAACUACCUGUAUCUGACCUACAACGGUACCGAGCAUGACCUGGCCUUCCACGAGCCCCACGUCAUGGUCAUUGGCUCCGGCGUCUACCGCAUCGGCAGCAGCGUUGAGUUCGACUGGUGCGCUGUCGGCUGCAUCCAAGAGCUGCGCAAGAUGGGCUUCAAGACGAUCAUGGUGAACUACAACCCGGAGACAGUGAGCACUGACUAUGAUAUGUGUGACCGCCUCUACUUUGACGAGAUCUCCUUUGAGGUGGUUAUGGACAUCUACGAGCUGGAGAACCCUGAGGGUGUGAUCCUGUCCAUGGGCGGGCAGCUGCCCAACAACAUAGCCAUGGCCCUGCACCGGCAGCAGUGCCGCAUCCUGGGCACCUCCCCAGAGGCCAUUGACUCUGCUGAGAACCGCUUCAAGUUCUCCCGCCUGCUCGAUUCCAUCGGCAUCAGCCAGCCGCUCUGGAAGGAACUCUCCGACAUGGAGUCAGCCAAGCAGUUCUGCUGCAAGGUUGGGUACCCCUGCGUCGUGCGCCCCUCCUAUGUGCUGAGCGGCGCCGCCAUGAAUGUCGCCUACUCGGACAGCGACCUGGAGAAGUUCCUGAGCAACGCCGUGGCCGUCUCCAAGGAGCAGCCCGUCGUCAUCUCCAAGUUCAUCCAGGAAGCCAAGGAGAUCGACGUGGAUGCAGUGGCCUGUGACGGCGUGGUGGUGGCCAUCGCCAUCUCGGAGCACGUGGAGAAUGCUGGGGUGCACUCGGGCGAUGCCACACUGGUGACGCCCCCCCAGGACAUCACCCCUAAGACACUGGAGCGUAUCAAGGCCAUCGUCCAUGCUGUCGGGCAGGAGCUGCAGGUCACCGGGCCCUUCAACCUGCAGCUCAUUGCCAAGGAUGACCAGCUGAAGGUGAUCGAAUGCAACGUCCGGGUCUCCCGCUCCUUCCCCUUUGUCUCCAAGACCCUGGGAGUGGACCUGGUGGCUUUGGCCACCCAGGUGAUCAUGGGCGAGGAUGUGGAGCCUGUGGGGCUGAUGACAGGCACGGGCAUCGUGGGUGUCAAGGUGCCCCAGUUCUCCUUCUCGCGCCUGGCAGGCGCUGAUGUGGUGCUGGGUGUGGAGAUGACCAGCACGGGUGAGGUGGCCUGCUUUGGCGAGAACCGCUGCGAGGCAUACCUGAAGGCCAUGCUCAGCACCGGCUUCAAGAUCCCCAAGAAGAACAUCCUGCUGACCAUCGGCAGCUACAAGAACAAGAGUGAGCUGCUGCCCACAGUGCGGACCCUGGAAAGCCUCGGCUACAAGCUGUAUGCCAGCCUGGGCACAGCUGACUUCUACACCGAGCAUGGCAUCAAGGUGAUGGCUGUGGACUGGCAUUUUGAGGAGGCGGAUGGCAGCGAGGUGGGUACACGGGAGACACAGCGCAGCAUCCUGGACUACCUGGCUGAGAACCACUUCGAGAUGGUCAUCAACCUCUCAAUGCGCAACUCGGGCGGCCGCCGGCUCUCCUCCUUCGUCACCAAGGGCUACCGCACGCGGCGCCUGGCCGUUGACUACUCCGUGCCACUCAUCAUUGACAUCAAGUGCACCAAGCUCUUCGUGGAGGCGCUGGGCCAGAUCGGGGCAGCCCCCCCACUGAAGAUGCACGUGGACUGCAUGACGUCCCAGAAACUCAUCCGUCUGCCAGGCCUCAUAGAUGUCCACGUCCACCUCCGUGAGCCAGGCGGCACCCACAAGGAGGACUUUGCAUCAGGCACAGCGGCCGCACUGGCUGGCGGCAUCACCAUGGUGUGCUCCAUGCCCAACACCAAUCCCACCAUCACUGACGCUGCCUCCUUUGCGCUGGCACAGAAGCUUGCUGAGGCUGGUGCCCGCUGUGACUUCGCCCUCUUCCUGGGCGCUUCCUCGGAGAAUGCUGGCUCAUUGGGUGCCCUGGCCGGUGCAGCCGCGGGGCUCAAGAUGUAUCUGAAUGACACCUUCUCCAGCCUGCGCAUGGAUGAUGUGUCACUGUGGAUGGAGCACUUCGAGCACUGGCCGCGGCACCUGCCUGUGGUGGCCCAUGCGGAGCGGCAGACGGUUGCCGCCAUCCUGAUGGUGGCCCAGCUGUACCAGCAGCCUGUGCACAUCUGCCACGUGGCUCGCAAGGAGGAGAUCCUGCUCAUCAAGGCUGCAAAGCAGAAGGGGAUCCCAGUGACAUGUGAAGUGGCCCCACAUCACCUCUUCCUGUGCCGUGAUGACGUGGGGCGCCUUGGGGAGGGCCGAGCGGCCGUGCGUCCGGAGCUGGGCACCCGCCAGGACCUGGAGGCGCUCUGGGAGAAUAUGGACACUAUUGACUGCUUUGCCACAGACCACGCACCCCACACACUGGAGGAGAAGCAGGGACCAGAGCCACCCCCUGGCUACCCUGGCCUGGAGACACUGCUGCCACUGCUGCUGACAGCUGUGUCUGAGGGGCGGCUCUCGGUGGAGGACAUAGUGCAACGCCUCUACGAGAACCCCCGAAAGAUCUUUGGGCUUCCAGCACAAGAGGACACUUAUGUGGAGGUGGACCUGGAGCACGAGUGGGUCAUUCCCAGCCACACAGCCUUCUCCAAGGCCGGCUGGACACCCUUCGAGGGGAUGAAGGUGAAGGGCACGGUGCGGAGGGUGGUUCUACGCGGGGAAGUUGCCUAUAUCGACGGGCAGGUGCUGGUGCCCCCCGGCUAUGGGCAGGAUGUGAAGAAAUGGCCCUCAGCUUCUGUGCUGGCACCACACGUGGCCCCAGCCAAGGAGACGGUGAAGACCCCCGAGCGGCCCCGGCAUGUGGUGGCCAGCGAGACGCUGCGCGGCCGAGCCUCCAGCCCACGCCGGGUUGGCACUGUGGGUGAUGGGCGCUUCCACCUCCCACCCCGCAUCCACCAUGCCUCCGACCCCGGGCUGCCAGCGUUCCAGAGGCUGGGAGCCACGCACCGCCCGGGCGCCCGAGGCACCGCUGAGGACACCCGGGACAAGGCCGGCAGGAAGGCGGCAGAGGCAGAUCCAGCUGCCAUCCAGGAUGGCUACUCCUACCCGCUGGGCCCUCUCCCACGCCAGGCGUCCCCCCAGCGCACGCCCCACUUCCAGACCUCGCCACUGCUGCACCCCCUGGUCGGGCAGCAUGUCCUCUCUGCCCAGCAGUUCUCCAAGGAGCAGAUGUCACAUCUAUUCAACGUGGCGCACACACUGCGCAUGCUGGUGCAGAAGGAGCGGAGCCUGGACAUCCUCAAGGGCAAGGUGAUGGCGUCCAUGUUCUACGAGGUGAGCACGCGCACCAGCAGCUCCUUCGCGGCGGCCAUGAGCCGGCUGGGCGGCUCCGUCCUCACCUUCUCGGAGGCCACGUCCUCGGUGCAGAAGGGCGAGUCACUGGCUGACUCCGUGCAGACCAUGUGCUGCUACGCCGACGUGCUGGUGCUACGGCACCCCCAGCCGGGCGCCGUCGAGCUGGCCGCCAAGCACUGCCGCAAGCCAGUGAUCAACGCAGGGGACGGGGUGGGCGAGCACCCCACGCAGGCGCUGCUGGACAUCUUCACCAUCCGUGAGGAGCUGGGCACUGUCAACGGCAUGACGAUCACCAUGGUGGGUGACCUGAAGCACGGCCGCACGGUGCACUCGCUGGCACGCCUGCUCACGCAAUACCGUGUCAACCUGCGCUACGUCACGCCCCCGGGCCUGCAAAUGCCCCCUGACAUCACCGCCUUUGUGGCCUCCAAGGGCAUCGAGCAGGAGGAGUUUGGGAGCAUUGAGGAGGCGCUGCCGGACACAGAUGUGCUCUACAUGACUCGCAUCCAGAAGGAGCGUUUCCGCCUGGCUGAGGAGUAUGAGGCCUGCUUCGGGCAGUUCAUUCUCACACCCCACAUCAUGACCCGCGCCAAGGAGAAGAUGGUGGUGAUGCACCCGCUGCCUCGCGUCAACGAGAUCAGCGCGGCGGUGGACUCGGACCCGCGCGCCGCGUAUUUCCGGCAGGCGGAGAACGGGAUGUACAUUCGCAUGGCGCUGCUGGCCACUGUGCUGGGCCGCUUCUGAGCAAUAAACGGGGCUGCGCACGCCGACACCGACGAGCGGGUGCUGCGUCAUCGCCGCUCGACGGCUUCGCGAGCGGCGCUGUUGGCGUGACGUCAUGAGUGA